AUGAAUUUAUCUUCGGGUGGUAAUAAUACCGUUGCAAGUGGCUCGGGAACUACAGGAAACAAUCUCAAUAUUACGAAUAACAUUGUACAUAGCAACAAGUUGGCCGAAUCACGAUCGUCCUUAACUCGGGAUCAUAUUCUUGGCAUGAGCGAAUUACAGCUUUCUCCUGCUAGCUCGGAACGAAUAGAAAAGAGACUAUCAACCCCACAACAAAGCAGUAGUAUCUCUAUGGGAAGUCCUUCAAUUUCUUCAGCAUCUAGCAUCUCUAAGAAAUCAAUGCAAGUGAGUCCCAUUGUUGAGAGGUUGAAUGCGGUUAAGAAUUCUGCUCAAACGUUCAAUGGAGACCUCAUGGAAGAUUUAACAGCAAAGAAGGAAGUGGAGCAAACUAAAGUAUUUGAAUUGAGGGAUACAGUUGCAAAAAUUGAAAAAGAUCUCACGCUGGAAAUGAGGAAACGAGCAGAAAGUGAUAAGGUUUUACAAACAUUAUGUGAUAAUAAGAUUAAUACUGUACAGGAUGUCAUUGAAAAGAAGAUGAACGAAAAAUUUUCCCAAAUGCAACUUGUGAUUGAUACGCUGUCGAAACGAGUGAUCAAUCUUGAGAAAUUACUGGCAGAAGAGAAGGAUUAUGCCUCUAAAUUUUCCAACACGAUGAAAACAGGAGUCAUCGGCCAGCUCGAAGAGCUCAGAAGUAUGAUUGAGGAAGAACGAAUGACGAGAUUGGAGAAGGAAGCACAAUUGACAAGAAAAAUCAAUGACGAGUAUUUCAAAGUUUCACAAAAACUAGAAAGCGAAAAAAAGGCUCGUGAAUUGUUCAUAACUUCAACAAGGGAAGACAUGGAACGAGUGGAACAAGCAAAGGCCAAAAUUGAUCAAGAUUUCAGAACUAGGAUUUUCGAUGAAGUCGAUAAUUUGAGAGAGGAGCUCAAACGCGAAACGGAGCAACGAGAAAUUGUCGAUGAACAAAUUGUAAACUCUCUAGACACGAUCAUCAAACAAGUGCAUGAUUCUCUGAGAAUGGUAACCAAGUAA